AUGACACAAGGAAACAACACUGAAGUGACUGAAUUCUACCUUCUGGGAUUUGGUGCCCAACAUGAGUUUCAGACUGUCCUCUUCAUUGUGUUUCUUGUGAUCUACGUGACGUCCAUGGUGGGUAAUACUGGAAUGAUCCUACUCAUCAGGACAGAGUCCAGACUCCAAACGCCCAUGUACUUUUUUCUACAACAUUUGGCUUUUGUGGAUAUCUGUUACACGACUGCUAUCACUCCCAAGAUGCUGCAAAACUUCAUCACAGAAAACAAGUCCAUAUCCCUUGCCGGAUGCUUAAUGCAAUUAUUGGUCUAUGCAACCUUUGUGACCAGUGACUGUUACCUGCUGGCGGCUAUGGCAGUUGACCGUUACGUCGCCAUCUGUAAGCCUCUUCACUAUCCCAUCCUCAUGUCAAGAAGAGUCUGCAUCCAGAUGGCAGCCUGUUCAUACCUCAUGGGAUCAAUAAAUGCCUCCGUUCACACAGGUUUUACUUUCUCACUCUCCUUCUGUAGGUCCAACAGCAUCAAUCAUUUUUUCUGUGAUGUCCCCCCAAUUCUCACCCUUUCAUGCUCCAAUAUUGACAUCAACGUCAUGCUACUUAGUGUGUUUGUGGGAUUUAACUUGGUGUUCACUGUGCUGGUCGUCACCUUCUCCUACAUUUACAUCAUGACCACCAUCCUGAAGAUGUCUUCUACUGCGGGGAGGAAGAGGACCUUCUCCACGUGCACCUCCCACCUGACAGCUGUCUCCAUUUUCUAUGGCACCCUGGUUUACAUGUACCUACAGCCUCAUUCUGGGAAUGCCCAGGAGAAUAGGAAAGUGGCCUCCGUGUUUUAUGGCGUCAUCAUUCCCAUGUUGAACCCCCUGAUCUACAGCCUGAGAAACAAGGAGGUGAAAGAAGCUUUAAAUGUGGUGGGCAAAAGGUUCUUUUAG